AUGCCGAAUCGAAAGUCUUUACCCACGUCCGAUUUGUACACUGUCGGAUGGAUCGCUGCCCUGAGCAUCGAGCGUGCUGCUGCGAUAUCCAUGCUCGAUGAGAGGCACGAUAAACCGUCGAAUUUCAAUCAACAUGAAUCCGAUACGAACUCUUACUCCUGGGGUCAAAUGGGUGAUCACAACGUUGUUAUUGCUUCACUGCCUGCGGGGCUAUACGGCACCACUUCUGCAGCAACCACAGCGUCCGGCCUUCUUGCAUCACUUCCACAGAUCCGGGUUGCACUUUUAGUUGGGAUUGGUGGCGGCAUUGCCAGACCAGAGUCAGGCCGCGAUAUUCGUCUUGGUGAUGUAGUUGUCAGCCAGCCAGAGGGGACAACUGGUGGGGUGAUCCAAUAUGAUCUAGGGAAGGCGGGGCAAGAAUGGGAGCUAAAGGGUUCCCUGAGCAAGCCCCCACUCGUUCUGCUCCACGCACUAGGGAGCCUGCAAGCAGAGCAUGAACUAGGGGAGUCAAGAGUGCUUGAAUUUCUAGAAGUCGCGUCAAAGCUCAAGAAGGGUGCGAGUGGGUAUUGCCACCAAGGCUUGGAGAACGAUCGACUCUUCAGGCCCUCAUAUGCUCACUCGGGUCUAUCUGACUGCCGCGGUUGUGACACCACAGAGGAGAUAGAGCGUGCUGAGCGUGAUACAACAGACCCAGAGAUCCAUUAUGGGACCAUUGCGUCCGGCAAUAUGCUUCUGAAAGACGCCACUACUCGUGAUAACAUCCUCGACUCUAUCGGCACAGAAUGUCUCUGUUUCGAAAUGGAAGCAGCUGGUCUUAUGAACCAUUUCCCAUGCCUUGUAAUCAGAGGCAUUUGUGACUAUGCCGACUCUCAUAAAAAUGAUCGAUGGCAACGCUACGCGGCUGCUACUGCUGCUGCCUAUGGGAAAGAUUUGCUUGGCUACGUUCCUAUGAAGGGGCUUCAGGAAUCAGAGAAGGCUAUAGACAUAUUGCACUCAGUCUCCAGGGAAGUGCAGAGUGUUCAUGUGAUAGCCAAGGGUAUCAAUCAAGAGCUUCAAGAUCAGAAGUCCAGUAGCCAUUUCCAAGUAAUCAAAAAAUGGCUUUCCGCUUCCGAUGUAUCGAAGAACCUUUUCGAGGCUCUGAAGAAGAGACAUGAGGACACAUGUACUUGGAUUCUUCAAUGCAAGACAUUUCAGGAGUGGCAGUCUGACGAACGUCGCUUUGUGUGGUUGCAUGGUAUUCCGGGAUGCGGGAAGACAGUUCUCAGCGCAGCAGUGAUCGAUCAUCUCCAGCACCUCGGUUCAUCAGAUAUCGUUCUUGAAUUUUUCUUUGAUUUUGCAGAUAACGAGAAGCAAACCAUUGAUCAACUACUCCGCACUCUUUCGCACCAGCUCUAUUCGAGGUGUCCAGAUUGUCGACCGGAAUUGGACGAGCUAUUCAUUUCUUGUCAACAAGGUCGUCAGCAACCAGCGUGCCAAGAGUUGGCUGCCGCAUUGUCGCGGAUGCUCAGUCACUGCGGCAAAGUUUAUAUCAUCAUAGAUGCGUUGGACGAAUGCAAGACAAGAAAAGAGGUACUUCGCUGGAUAGAAGAUACUUUCCGCUCUGGAAGCCCUUCAGUCCGACUUCUUGCUACUAGCCGGAGAGAAGAAGAUAUAGAAUCUGAGUUGGAACGCUGGCUAGAUCAGCAAAGCAUUCUCUCAGCUCGGGAGGAAUCGGUGAAUCAUGACAUUCGCAACUUUGUCCAUUCGCAGCUACUCAGCGAGCCAGAAUUUGAGCGAUGGCGCAUGCAACCAGGUGUGCAGGAGGAGAUUGAGACUCAGAUCAUGCUCAAGGCAAAUGGAAUGUUCCGCUGGGCUGCAUGCCAAUUGGAUACCCUCCAAAAAUGUUUAGACCUGCCAAUGCUGCGAAGGUCACUAUUGAGCCUACCAGUAACAUUGGAAGAGACCUAUGCCCGAAUUCUCGCGAAUAUCGACGAGGUCUACAGAGAUCAUGCUGUGAGGAUUCUACAGUUUCUCACUUACGCAGAACGUCCCUUGAGCAUCGAAGAAGCAAUUGAUGCCUUGGCUGUUGACCCGUCUACGGACCCUUUCUUUGAUCCAAGCUAUCGAAUGCCAAACCCUCGAGAUAUCAUGAGAGUUUGUGCAAGUUUGAUUUCCACGGUCACCAUCACCGGAAGAGGGAGUCUCUCUGGCUACCCCUACGGACCAAGACAAGGCGCGAUUGUGCUUCAGCUAUCCCACUUUUCCGUUCAUCAAUACCUCAGGUCUGAGCGAAUUCAAUCAACGUUCACAGAUAAAACUCGUCAUAUUGGCUGUCUCUUCGAGGAUUCCCUAGCUGAACUGAAUGCCAGAAGGUCCAUAGCCAUCAUCUGUUUGGCCUACCUAUCAUAUGUUGGUGAUCAAAGGACGCUUGUUGGACUCGAGACCGAUUUUCCAUUUUCGUCAUUCUCCUCACACAGCUGGCAAAAGAAUGCCAGAGCAUGUGAGAACGAUGUUACAGUCCAAGAAGGCAUUUCGAACCUUUUUCUCCGUCAAAGUCAGCCGUAUAGAGUAUGGGACUUUUUCAAAUACCCACAGGACGUCGAUCAUAUUUCUUACUUAGGACCGCCGUUGUAUCAUGCAUGUCUGGAAGGAUUGAAGUCCUCAGUUCAGCUGCUAUUGGACAAGGGAGUGGAGAUCAACCACCAUGACGACGAAUCCGCGACUGCGCUGAUCAUCGCAGCAGACCACGGCCACCGGGAUAUCGUAGAGCUUCUGCUGGACCACGGUGCCGAUAUACAAACAAAAAGUUACUAUAAGGGUAGUGCUCUCCAUGCUGCGUCGAUGAAAGGCCAUCAGACAAUUGUGCAGCUUCUGCUGGACCAUGGUGCCGAUAUACAAUCAAAAAGUGACCGUUUGGGCAGUGCUCUCCAUGUUGCUUCGAGAAUAGGCCAUCGAAAAAUUGUGCAGCUGCUUCUCGAGAGAGGUGCCAACAUCAACUCUAGUCACAGUUACUAUGGUACUCCCCUUCAAGCGGCUGUCGUGGGCAAACAAAAUGAUGUUGUAACGCAACUACUGGAAGCGGGUGCUGAUGUGAAUUUCCAAGCCUUUGUCAGCCAUUUCAUCUGCAAGAGUCCUUUGCAUGUCGCUGUGAGAUACCGAUAUUAUGACAUUGCAAAGUUGCUAUUCAAAUAUGGGGCUCGCCUAGCUCCAGCGACUCACUCUAUCGGUAAUCCGCUGGAGACUGCCGCUGAGAAUACCGAUUUGCGUAUGGUGCAGAUUCUUCUCGAGAACAAUGCUGAAAAUCCCAUAGAUGAUUCGAUUCUUGCGAGUGCUAUUCAUGCUGCUGCAUCCCAAGGGUCUGUGGCAAUCGUACAACUAUUGCUCACAAAAGGUGCCGACGCCAACGCUCGAGGCAGAGAUGGAAGUUCACUCCAAGCUGCCUUCUCAUCCUCUAAAUGUGGCGGUGAGGAAGUUUUCCGACUUCUGAUUGACAAUGGUGUUUCCUUGGACACUCUCAAUGACAAAGCUCCUCUCCCUGUUGCUAUACGAAAUUUCAAAGAAGAAACUAUCAAGCGAAUGAUCGACGCAGGCUCUAAUUUGAACAUUCCGCAUGACCAUUAUGGGAGUCCACUGCAUGCCGCUUCCUAUCGUGGAAACUACAGAAUUGUGCAAUGUCUGCUAGAGAAAGGCGCCAAUGUAAAUACAUGGAGCGGUGAAUACGGCAGUGCACUUCUAGCGGCCUUUUGCCGCAGGCACGAUGACAUCUUGAGUCUUCUUUUGAAAUAUGGCGCAACUUCUAAUGACCAUGAAGGCAGAAAUAGCAUUGCAAUCCAGACUGCCUUGAUAUGUGGCCAGAGCUUCACGCUCGCGGCACUGGUCGAGAAGGACAGUGAAUCUCUGGGAUGCCCACCAAAUGACUACACGGCUCUUCUCACUGCUUCAUCUCUUGGCUUACAGGACAUAGUGAAGCUACUUGUCGACAAAGGUACCGAUCCUAAUCGUCAGGAUAAUCAAAUCCACAGUCCUCUCAUAUUAUCUGCAUCCAAAGGUCAUUGUGGAAUCGUGCAGCUAUUACUUGCGGCGGGUGCCGAUAUCAAUGGAAAUGACAGGCAAUAUAGCAAUGCGCUCUUUGCUGCCUUGUACAAUUGCCAUCAAGCCACCGCGGAACUACUCCUGGACGAAGGCGCCGACGUGAAUGCUGAGCUUCCUCCCCUUGGCGACGACUGUAUAGCUCUCGCCAACAAAAGAAUUGAGCUUCUUGAAUCACUUAAUACAGUCCUACCCUCGCAACGGGACAGCUGGAGCCAUGCCAUUGUUGACAUUUUGCGGUGUGCCGAAUUUGGUAGUGGGCUCCAGAUGGCCAUCUACAAGGGACACAAAGAAAUUGCAUAUGCUCUACUUGAGAGAGGCGCAAAUCCAAAUGUUCAGCACGGCUGGCUUGGAAAUUCCAUUCAGAUUGCAGCCUACAAAGAGGACCUAAGUUUGGUGCAGGCUCUGUUAAGCAAGGGUGCUGAUGUGAACAGCCCAACCAAGUACGGGAAUACACUCCAGAUUGCUGUUUUCAAAGGCAACCAGAGUCUUGUAGAGCUCAUGUUACAAAAUGGCGCUGACUGCAAUCUAAAUGGCGAUUUCCGGCACGUUUGCAAGGGGAAUUUCAAGGAUCUUGCACUAUUGCACGGGGAUUGGGACACCGCCCGUCUGCUGGAACAGCGUGACCAGCCGAGAUCAUAUGAUGACGAAUUUGACAAUGCACUCAGAGUUGCUUCAUCUCUCGGCCACCAGGGCAUCGCUCAAUUACUCAUUGAUUACGGAGCAGACGUGAAUGCCAGAACUGGCCGCGGCGAGACCCCACUCAAGGUUGCCUCAUACAAAGGCCACCUCGCUAUUGUACAGCUUCUGCUUGACAAUGGUGCCGAUAUCCUUUCCGGGGAUCAUAAUGCGCUCGAGGAAGCUAUCUCUAGCGGGCACCGUCAAAUAUUCUCCCUCCUGCUAGAGAAAACGCCAAGCUUAGCUAGACAGUCUCACCGUCAUCGGUCUCCUGGACUGGGACCACUUUCAGCGGCCUCACGACGCGGCGAGCAGGACAUCAUACAGAUGCUACUCAAUAAAGGAGCCGAGGGCGCUGAUGUUAACUUGCAAGACGGUGAAUUUGGCUAUCCACUCCAGGCUGCUGUACACAAAGGACAUCAAGAUAUCGUUGGACUAUUGGUUGAAAGAGGAGCAAAUAUUGAGCUCUAUGAUGAAGACAAUCCUAACGAUGAAGGCGGCCCACUUCAGCUUGCUUCAUCUCAAGGCCAUUAUGGCAUUGCGCAACUGCUGCUUGAACAAGGUGCUGAUUUGGAUAGACGAGGCGGGCGGUAUGGUAGCCCUCUCCAUGCUGCGUCAUCACAAGGUGAUCAAGGUAUCGUCCAGCUACUGCUUGACAGGGGAGCUGAUGUUGACAUUUGGGGUGAGUUUUAUGGUACGCCACUCCAGAGAGCCUGUGUCAAUGGUCAUCACGGUGUUGUACAACUGUUGAUCGAGAAGGGUGCAAAUGUCAACGCUAAAGGCGAUGAUAAAGAUGGUCAAGCGCUCCAUGCGGCUGUGUGCUGGGGCCACCGAAAGAUUGUCCAGCUGCUUCUGGAUAAAGGCGCCGAUAUCAGAUCUGAGCAUUGCGGGAUGAGCGUGGUUCAACUUGCCAAAAAUCGUGACCAGUAUACUAUCAUGAAUCUGCUCCAAGAAAGAGGUGCUACAUCGGCGCAGAGAAAUGUCAAACAUUAA